GAAGAUUCUAUAUUGACUUUGUAGAAAGACGUCCCGCAGAUUUGUCUCAAAUUUUUCCAACUGAAGACAAUGCUACAUGGGUUGAUGUAUAAAACACUUACUUCCAAUCCAGAGUAUAAGUUGGGCUUGAACGAUCAACGGUACGUGUAACCCAUGAAAGUUCCAUUAAGUACCAAUCAAAUUUUUAAUAUUUCUCUGUAUAUCAUCACAUCUUUCGAGUUUGACAGACACGAAUUGUAUGGACUGUAAGCAUUCCCCGGACUUUAUACACGCGACUAGUGAUUAAAGAAAUGGAGUACGACUACACCUCGUCGGAAUCCUGCAAUGCGGGCCUCCUGGGGCCGAGCCUGGCCAGCAUGUGUAAUGUCACCUCGUACUAUUUCUUUCUGUCGAUUCUAGAGACAUUUGUAAGAAGAAAGCAACGAAUCGCUCAAACCUGCGAACGCAUCACACCUAUUCACACCCCAGAUGCCGAGUAUGACUUUAUCGUAGUGGGGGGUGGAGCAGCCGGUUCUGUCGUCGCUGCAAGACUAAGUGAGAAUCCGUCCUGGAAAGUUCUGCUUGUUGAGGCAGGUCCGGACGAACCAGUAGGUGCAUCCGUUCCGGGUUUCUCUUCCGUUAUAGCCCGUAGGUGUAACAGCGCAUCCAAAAAUCCUGUUGCGCUAAGAAGUUCGAAUGGUAGUUGUCAGAUCUCUGCAGCCAAAGCUCUCGGUGGAAGCAUGAUACACAAUAGUAUGAUAUACCUGCGCGGCAGCCCGUAUAUAUUCGAUCAAUGGGCUGCAAUGGGUAACGAGGGAUGGUCGUGGGAAGAUGUCCUACCAUUUUUUAAGAUGUCCGAAAAUAACGGUGAUAUCGAUAGUGUUGGUCGAGAGUAUCACGGCACGGAUGGACCGCUUUUUGUCGAAAGAUUUCCGUCCAAACCACCGUUUGCAAAUGUAAUACUCGAAGCGGCCGAAGAGGCGGGCUUCGGGGUCAGCAAUGACCUCAACGGAAAGGAUAGAUUCGGCUUUGCUGUAAUCCAAGCAAUGAGCCGCCACGGUGCGAGACGCAGUAGCGCCGCGGCUUAUCUGCGGCCAGUCAGACACCGCAAAAACCUCCACAUAACUCUCAACUCCACAUGCAGCAGGAUUAUAAUCGAGAAUGAACAAGCAGUUGGCGUCGCAUAUUACAUGAACGGCAAGUUGUACACGGUACGCGCAUCCAAGGAAGUCAUCGUCUCCGCAGGCGCCGUUGAGUCUCCUCAUCUUCUACUCCUCUCUGGAGUUGGGCCGGAAGAAGAUUUGAAAUCCAAGGGAAUCGACGUGGUCGAAAAUUUACCUGGCGUUGGCAUGAAUUUCCAUGAUCAUAUCGCAUUCCCGAUUGGGUUCACCAUAGACGAGCCUGCCGUCUACGACAACAACUGGGCUGCUCUCGUUGAGUAUAUUGCUUUCCAAACUGGUCCCUUGUCUAACAUUGGACUCGCUCAGGUUAUGGGAUAUCUACCGUCUGGAAUAACGACGCCCGGCCUUCCGGAUAUCCGUAUUAGUGGCUCGGGUUAUUAUGCUGCUUGUGCACCUGGUGGAAUCGGUGAGCUUCAGAGCGACGGUAAACGCAACAUCGUCGUUACGUCCCGGUACACGCACCCCAAAUGCAGAGGAAAAAUCAGUCUGGUUACACCGGAUCCUUUCGAAUAUCCUUCAAUCUGGGUAAACUAUCUCUGCGAUCCUGACGACGUUGCUGGGAUUGUAAAAUCCAUCGAAUAUACUCUGAAAUUGGUUGAUACACCAGCCUUGAAGGCCUACAACAUGACCUUGGCCGUAACACCUCUCGAGGACUGUUCAAAUUACACUUUUGCUUCCACGGAAUACUGGGAGUGUGCGGUUCAUUACAGUGCAGAAGGAGAUAAACACUAUUCAGGUUCCUGCAAAAUGGGUCCUGCAUCGGACCCACUCGCAGUUGUCGAUUCUCGGCUGCGAGUUUACGGCGUAAAUGGAUUGCGCGUUGCGGAUGCUUCCAUAAUGCCUGAGGUGACCACUGCUAAUACCGGAGCACCCUGCAUCAUGAUUGGAGAACGAGCUGCGCAAAUGAUCAAGCAGGAUUGGAAAUAUUCGGACACAGUAUGAUAAUUUCCGGAAUUCGGUACAAGGGACCCUAUCCACAGUAAUAGCAACGGGUGUGAAGAUAAUACAUAAUAUACAAUCAACAUGUUAUAAGACAUGUUUAAUUAGUAACUACUCGAACCUUUUCAAGGUGUCCUUAUUUUCAUCUUACGAUAAUAUAGCAAUUAAAGAUUGUUGCAAUCAAAGAUAAAAAAGAAAAGAAAAGAUUUACCCAUCAUCGUCGUCAAAAAAAAAAAUCUCACAGAGUACAUUCGUCGGCAGUAUAAUAGCGUCAUAUUCAGAUUCAUUGGCCCUACAAUCGAGAUUCGAAGAGUUCGUACCAGUAUCAACGUAUUUUUAACCAAAGUCACAACUGUAACAAGGCUGUUGAUAAUACCGAAUGGUAUAUGCACAGAAUACGUGUACAGACCGUGAAUCUCGCAACAUUACUAAACAUGUCAAAUUAUAAUGCAUAGUAAGACCUUGAUGAAAACCUACAAUAACUCAAGUCGAGACGAUGUUUUCACCAACUGAAUAGAAU